AGCAGGGGAGGAGCGAGGGGGCUGCAGGGAGAGAAGGCAGAAGGAAGGGGCCGAGCGGCGCGUGCUGGCGCUGAAAUGGGAGAAAGGAGCGAGUGAGAGGGGAGGGGCGCGGGGCGAGCGCGGAGGAGCCUAGUGGCUCCUGGGCUGGGGCGCCCGUGGCCGGCACGCAUGGCAGGCCCCGCGUGGUGAUCCCCGCAGGGCGAGAGAGAAGCGCUCAGCUCGCAAGAGUCCCGGGCCGAUGUCCCAGGUGAGUGGCCAGCGACCCCCUCACUGCGAUGCGCCCCAUGGAGCCCCCAGCGCAGCCCCGGACCCAGCCCAGACCCCAUCCCUCCUGCCUGGGCUGGAGGUAGUGACAGGAUCUGCUCACCCUGUGGAGGCAGCGCUAGAGGAGGGCUCCCUGGAGGAGGCGGCACCCAACAUGCCCCAAGGCAAUGGCUCUGGGGCCCCCCUGGGCCUGGACAGCACUGACCUCGAUGUCCCCACAGAAGCUGUGACACGCCAGCCUCAGGGGAACCCCUUGAGCUGCACCCCACUAGUGGCGAAUGGCUCUGGACACCCCUCGGAGCUGGGCGGAACCAGGAGGACGGGAAACGGUGCCCUGGGUGGCCCCAAGGCCCACCGGAAGCUGCAGACACACCCAUCUCUCGGCAGCCAGGGCAGCAGGAAGAGCAAGGGCAGCACCAAAUCUGCUGCCUCCCAGAUCCCUCUCCAGGCACAGGAAGACUGCUGCGUCCACUGCAUCCUGUCCUGCCUGUUCUGCGAGUUCCUGACGCUGUGCAACAUCGUCCUGGACUGCGCCACAUGCGGUUCGUGCAGCUCCGAGGACUCAUGCCUCUGCUGCUGCUGCUGCGGCUCUGGCGAGUGCGCUGACUGCGACCUGCCCUGCGACCUGGACUGCGGCAUCCUGGACGCCUGCUGCGAAUCAGCAGACUGCCUGGAGAUCUGCAUGGAGUGCUGCGGGCUCUGCUUCUCCUCCUGACCCGCGGGCUCCAGCAGCAUCCCUGGCUGUCGCACACGGCUGGCCUGCCCCUCCCCCUGGGCCUCUCCCACCCACCCAGCGCCCUCUUGGAACCCCAGCCCGGUGAAGGGGGCUGCCUGUCCUCCUCACUGGUUUCCCAGGACAACAGCACCUAGGACCUGGGGGUGGGGGGACCGCUCCUGAAUUAACUGCCAGGGCUGCUGAACACUGUGAAAGUAGGGGGAUCGGGCAGGGACGUGGGGGGGCUGGGACGCCGGGGCUGUGCGCUUUUCUACCUCUCACUGCCCUGUGCCUGCCUCCCCUGCAUGCCCCCCCCCAGCUUAGAGGACAGCAAAAUGUGAAAAGAGACACCCCACCCAACCUCAGCCAAGCCCCUCCCUCAUCUCCUCUCCUGGGAUCUUGUGGGGGCCUCACCCAAACAGUGACCUGAGAGGGCAAGGCUGGACUUGGGCCUGGGUGGGUGGGAGGGGAACCAGUAUAGAAAAGACUGGAAAGGGGGAGGGAGGGAAUGGAGGGAGGGUCUGUUCUAUUUGUUGCUGUAAAUAAAGAUG